CGGGCAAGGUACAUUGAAGAGAUGCAUUGUGGUAUGGUAGCCCAUCAAACUGAAGGCUGCAGAUAUUAGGUAAGAAUGCUUUAUAAAAAGGGAAGGGGGAACUGUAGAAGGCUCGUGAAUCUACGCUUACCUUGAGAAUAGGAGUGUAUUCUUAAGCUCGGGAACAGUAACAUCGGUAAAGGAAAAGAAGCAUCAUCGGUGAAACAAGCUCCAAUGCAACAAAAUCGGCAAGGUUUUGAUCUCUACGCAAACUCCGGUACAGUGGAAGGCUCUGAUCUCUAACUGAGCUUGUCGAGCUGAACAGGCUCAGAAGGAGAUUAUAUCUAGCUGUGACAUUCGUGGUCUGCACAAAUUUUGCAAUCAUAUCUCCGGCAAAUCCUUGGUGAUGUGCAGAGAUAUGGUACCUUGGCCUUGUUAACAGUAUAUAUUAUAAUAUUCAGCCGAUAUCUUAAUUUUAAUUUCUCUUAAAAAAUAAUAAUAAUAAACGAAGUUGCCAUCUAUUACGACGACCCUUUCAUCGUAAGCAUAUUAAAAAAUAAAUAAAAAAUGAUGCGGCGCGUGGCUGCACAGCUUUACAGUAGCGUGAAGGUACUGCGGCAUGGUCUACAUUUUACUACGGCGGACUUGUUUUGAACGUGGAUUAUCUUGGAAUACCCACCAGAUAUUAAUAGAACGAAUCCCAAGACCACUGUAACAAGUCCUUCACAUUAAGUUCUUUCUGCAAAUUACUAAUGUUAUUGGUCACCUAGGAAUCUUAAACCAUUUUUUUAACCUUCGUUAAAACGGCAAUGGCUCAUGUAGCACUAUUGGCCACAUUCACUCUCCUCAUCACCUGUCUUGUUCCAAUCACGUACUCUGUUCCUUUCAUAGUUUUGCAUGGUAUUAGUGAUAAAUGCAGUAACCGAGGAAUCAUGCAGUUUACUCAGCUCUUAAGCAACUGGUCUGGCUCUCAAGGAUACUGCAUAGAAAUUGGAGAUGGAGCGUGGGACUCCUGGACUAUGCCCCUUAUGGAACAGGUGAAGGGUAUGAGAGAACUUAGUGAGGGUUACAACAUGGUGGGACUUUCUCAGGGUACUAUGAUUGGUCGAGGGAUUAUUGAAUUUUGUGAAGGAGGACCUUCUGUAAAGAAUUUCAUUUCUGUGGCAGGCAUCCAUGCUGCUACUGCUUCAAUUCCAUUUUGUGGAUCUGGCUUGCUAUGCAUUCUCCUAGAUAGUUUAAUUAAGUUAGAGAUCUACAGCAACUGUGUACAGUUGGUAGCUGAUAGCAUUUUGACAUAUGUAUCUUCGGUGAGAUUGCAGGAACAUCUGGCUCCCAGUGGUUAUCUUAAAAUUCCAACUGACAUUUCUGAGUAUCUAAAGGGAUGUGGGUUUCUCCCAAAACUUAACAAUGAACUUGCUGACGAAAGAAAUUCUACUUAUAAGGAACGUUUUUCCAGCUUGGAGAAUUUGGUGCUUAUCAUGUUUGAGCAAGACAAAGUUUUGAUACCCAAGGAAACUUCCUGGUUUGGAUAUUAUCCUGAUGGUUCCUUUGAUACUAUUUUAUCUGCACAAGAGACCCCGUUAUAUAUAGAGGACUGGAUUGGCUUGAAAACUUUGGAUGAGGCCGGGAAAGUUAAAUUCAUAAAUGUUUCUGGGAAUCAUCUCCAGAUCUCUCAAAGUGAUAUGAAAACGUAUAUAGUUCCUUACUUGAAAGACACAUCGACAAUGGUAACAGAAUCAUCUUCAUCUCAUAGAUGGCUUUCAUCAAUGUGGAACAUGUUUGUGAAUCUUGGUGGGUUCAGUGAGGAUCCACAUUUGCUAUCAGUUGUACCUAACUGAAACCGCUGAUGGGCAGUGUCUCACACUCACUAUUUUUUUCAGUCUUUGACCCAUUAUUGACUCAAGUCACAUUUUUGUGUCUGGUCACAUUUUGCCUUGGAAUUACUAUAUAAUCUAUUAUUACCGAUAUUUAAAAUUCAGAUUAUAAAUA